AUGGAAAAUGGACCGACGGGCAAAAAUGUGAUCCCUCGAGACGGCUGGUUGACUUACCGCCUGCCUACAACCUUCAUCAGAUUCACUGAGCAUUUACUUCAAGCAGCUGCGUGUGUGGUAUUCGGUGGGUGGUAUAUCGAAAAGGUUCACGGAUCAGGCUUUCUUGACGUGAGCCCCAGCGCGACUCUUAAUGCUAAAUUAACUCCACCGCGCCGUCCAGUCCAAAAGAGUCGUCGUAAAACUCCAACGAAACGGAGUUCACAAAAGUGCUGGAAAACAAUCGUCAAGGGGGAUGGCCCCCGCCGCCCAUCACUAGCCACAUUGCACACGUCGAGCGACGGACCAGCAGGUGGCGUCCUUUGCAUUCUGAUAGGAGGAGCCGAGGAGCAGGGUCACAAGUGUGUUUUGGGUCGCACAAGUGGAGGAGACACGCUCCACAUGCUAAGCACCGCUAAAAGGUGGAUAUUUAUCAAGCCAGGGACUUUGCCCGGUGAGGGAUGGCAGUUUGAUUGCACAUAUCAAGACAAGAUGGAGAGGGUGCAGGUCUCCAGUAGAAGGAGCGUUUCAAACUUAAAGUGCACGUGCCAGAUCUGGCUUGUUUGA